AUGAAGACUUCGAGAGCGGCGCUUCGCACGUCCUGGUCCUCGUCGCCGAGCCGCGUGAUCAUCGGCGCCUCCUUUGCUGGCCACUACGCUGCCCGCCUUCUCGCGCGCUCGCUACCUGCCGACAGCAAGUAUCGUGUCGUUGUCAUCGAGCCCAACAGCCACUUCCAGUUCACCUGGGUGCUGCCGCGCUUCUGCGUCAUCCCCGGCGGCCACGAGCACAAGGCAUUUGUCCCGUACGGCAAGUACGCCGAUGCGGCGGACGGCGCGCUGCACUGGAUCAAGGACCGCGCCGUCCGCAUUACCGAGUCGGCGGUGGUGCUGCAGGACGCCGACGAGAGCGUGCCCUAUGAAUACCUUGUGAUUGCGACGGGCGCGGCUGUGCAGGAUGGCUUGCCGUCGCGAGUGAACAAUACGGAAAACGCCGAGGGUUUGAAGCGGCUUGAGGUUGAAGUGAUUCUGGAAGAUCGUGUGAUUGAAGAGGACGAUACCAACGGCACCGUGACGCUGAAAUCGGGCCGUAAAAUUGAGCGCAACUAUUUUAUUAAUUGUACUGGCCAGAAGCCCAACUCAUCCAUACUCGCGACACUCGCGCCAGCCUCUACUUCCACUUUAGGUUAUAUCAAAGUGAAGCCGACUCUGCAAUGA